AUGGCAGAUCUAUGUCAAAACUGCAAACAUAAAUAGUUGAGAUCUCGAAUGAUAGGCAAGAAAUUCUAGUCCAACAUUCUAAAUCAGAUCUAAUAGAUACGAUCUCCACGAAACCACGAUCCUCCUUACAUCAAUGUCAUUGAAUAUUUGCAGAGCAUCCACAAGAAGAGAGAAGAAAAGCCAAAAGAGAGUAUCCAGUUUCAUCGUCUGAAGACUCAUACUUCAAAGCAAAAAACAGAAGUGCAAAUGGAAGAUGCAGCCACAACCACAUCUCGUUUGGAUUAAUUCCCAUCAAAUUUCUACAUCCCUCGAGGUGCAAUGGCUAGCAAGGUAAUGAGCAGUGCAUUUUACAAAAUGAAACGCAUGUGUUCUUACUCGAGAGAGGAGUCUAAAAGAAAGAAUCUAGAGAUUGGUCCCAUGUUUAAUCAAGUCUCGAAAUUCGUGUAACCAAUGAGACCAUGCACUGUGAGGAGUGUCAAUUCCAAGAUGGAGGAGAGAUUGGGAGCAACAUCGACUAGUGCCAGACAGGAGAUGUUGAGACAGAGCAAAUCAGAGAUGCAAUUGAGAUUGCCAGUUUCUAAUAAAUUGAGCGAGGUGCAAUCCUUGAUGAAGAGGGAGUAAAAUGCAAUUAUUUAUUAUUUAUUACUUAUUGAUCUGAGUUCUUUGGGGGAUUAAGUUUAGAAUAAUAAUUAAAUGUAUUAUCUAAAUUACGAGGUAUUACGGAGUAGAUAUUAGCAAUUUACGCAAUUCAACAUUCUCGAGCAACUUGAAUCGAUCUAUCAAUCUCUUAAGCUCUCCUUGGAGUCCAGAGAUAGGAAUACUUUCUUUUAGGAUAAAGUGCAACAAUAACCAGAUUGCUUUCAAGUCAAUCCCAUUUAUGGUUUUGCACAACAAGCCAAUGAAUUGUAUGGCAGUUAUGGACAACCCACUCAACUCUGCUUCUAUAUGCAUCGUCAAAAGAGGUAUCUAAUGAUUGGCACCCAACAUUCAGUGAUCAUCUGCAUUGAAGUGGUAAAUGGGAGAGUGGAGUCCAUCCAAGCCAUACUCAAUGCAGGAGAACGAUAGACCAGAUAUGGCUCAGUGCUGGCAAUUCAAUGUUGGGAAAAGUAUAUGUUGGUUGGUUUUGAGAGAGGAGACAUACAAUUAUACGAAGUAGGGCGCAAAUGGGAACGCUUGCAUCACGAAUCCAAAUUGCAUUCCGGCAAAGUCGUGUAAGUCCUCUUCAUACCCUCCUCCACCAUCGAAGCACUCUCCCUCGAUGAACAUGGAGUCAUCUACAAACACUCAUUCACAGUGAUGACAGUCAUGGACAAAUACAUCGUCACUCAUUCCAAAGACAAAAUCUACAAGAAUGGCAAAAUCUAUCACAUCAAACGUAAUACCCAAUAACCAAAAUAAAAACAAUCCUCUUGGUGGAAUAAUGCCAAAAGUAUAUUCAAAAAAGAAGAAGAAAACAGUGAACUCACAGAUCCCUCGGUCAGGCAAUCCAGCGAUAAUGAUGGCUAAUUGACCAAGUUUGCUCUGGACAUUAAGUUGAUGCCUGAAGCCAUGACUCAUGGUCGUUGCUAGCCAUCCUAUAUUCUAAUCGUGUUGAAAUUUCUCAAAUUCUAUAAAGGUAACAAUACUGAAUUCAUCAAUCUAGGCUCACUAAAAUGCGAAAUUGUGUAUACUCUUAAAAGAAACACCUUCUCUAUUGAUACUCCCUAACAGGACAACACUGAAAGUGGAGAAUUAUCCUGGGGAGAGGGGUACUUCCAAAAGUCAUAUCAGAAUGCCAAAUUGUUAUGUAUAAGAUGGGGUGACAUAUUUCAUUUAGUCAAAUGCAUGAACAUAGAAGAUGAACUUGAAAUUGUAGAGGGUGCCGUUUACAAGAUGGAGAAAGAGAAAGGUAACAUUAUAAAGAGUUCAUUUUUAACCAAUAAUAUCAUUUAUGCAUUUUCAGAUUCGAAUUGGUUUGCCAAGUAGGAUGAUGGAAUAGUUAUUUUGGAACCUAAAUCCAGGAUGCUAUCUAAAGAGGACGUUGAACCUCAAACGGCUGAAAUUUCUGUGUCUUAUGAGGGUCCAAGCAAACCUUGUCAAGUGCAAAUAUAUGAGAAUGGCAUUGUUUCAUUGAGGAAGAAUAACAUAUUAAUUGAGAGACUGUAAACUUGGAAUGAAUAUCUGGAAGACCUGAUUGAGAAGAAUCAAUGGGAGAAAGCUAUGCACUAAGGAAUGCUCAUCUACCAAGGAUAAAUCAAAAUACUGAGUGAGAUCGCCUCCUCUCUAUCAGCACGUUAAGAAUAGAUGAGUUAAAUGUUUUAGAAGAUUGCCUUUACUCAUAUUAUGUUUGCUCUGAAACCAUUAGACAUUCCAUUAUCUUAAUAAGAGAAGGAGAAUAAAAUAAAAAAGACAAUAGAGUUCUUGCUCAGAGUUGAUAACAUGUCAUAUGCUUUAGUUGUGCUGAAGGAUUUCUUCAAAGACAUCCAAUAGAUGAAAUUAUAUUUCACUUGUUUAGAUCCCUUCAUCAAAAACAAGUAAAUUGCAUUCAUUCCUGAAUCCUUCUUUGUUGACUAUGUGAACUUCUACCAAAACGAUAAGGAAAUGAUACAACAACUCGUACUUCAAUUAGAUUUACAUCAAUAAGAACCUACACUACUAAUUAAGGUCUGCAUGGAUUAUCACUUGUAUAAGGCCAUGAUAUACUUGUGCACAAAGUAGGGAGAUUUCAUCACUGGAUUAAUGAAACUGAUGAAUCUUUGGGAAAAUAAAUGUUAAUCAGAGUAGAAGGAGCAUUGCCAUAUUGAAAAGGAGAAGUUGCGUCAAUUCAGGAUUAAGCUAGGCUAUAAUAUUUUGGCAUAUGUUCGUAUGUGUGUAAAGGGAAUCAACAUCUUGGGAGAACGUGUGCCACAUAAUAUCUAUUUUGAUAUGUUGAGGGGAUUAGUAUCCUUCAUUUUCAAUACAGAAAACCUUAAACAAUUCAUACUCAUUGACAUUCGGCUAUCACUUCAAUUGCUUAUGCAAUUCAUGCAACAUCACAUCUACACUAACAUCAAAUCAGCCACACUCCCUGGAAUUAAAUUUGAGAUCAUUGAUCAUGUUCCUGAAAUCCUGAAAUUGAUGCUGAGUGCCAUUGAAAAUACUAGACAAGAAAUCAAGACUCAAGAACACUAUCAAAUUGUAUACAAUGACAAGACUCAGCAAUAUCAUUAAAUCACCCUUGCUGAAUAACUUAACCAUUUCUUGUUAUUCUACUCUCAAUUACUCAUGUAAUUCCCAACUCAACUGACUCAAUAAUUCAAGGAGAAGCUAUUCAUAGAACUCCUCUCUCCAUCCUAUUUUCAAACCGUGAAACUAUAUAACUUCAAUACCCAAGAUUCAGAUCCUAUUUACUUAGAAUCCUAUGAAGUCAAUAAAAAUGCCUAUCUGAUUCACAUCUAUGAUACGAGUCAAUUGAACGAUAUCCCCAUUGUAUUUGAUGAGAGCACUCAAUAUCCAGAAUUCAGAGCCUUUCUUAUUUAUAAACAAAAAGGUUAUUUCGCUUGCAUUUAGAAUUAUUUCCUAAUGUCAAACUCAAUAAUGAAAAGAAACGUAUUCGAAGUUGUAGAGCGACUCUUGAUUCAUAGUGACGAGCAAUUCCUCAUGCAAUUAUAAGAGUUUAUCAUUGAUAAUUGUGAUGCAUUAAUGACGAUUAGUUAAUAAUAUACCAAUCGAAUUUUCAAGGAAUACUUCCAUGAUGUAGAAUUGCAAAGGAAAAUUAUUCAGAAAUUAGAGAAAACCCCUCAAAAUCAAUUGCAUUACCUCAAAUAAUACAUAAAGAAUGAGAAGGCCUCUGAUUCAAUCAGAUUGCUCUACCUUGAACUCCUUUGUUAAAGAGCUCCUAAGGAAGUGCUGAAGGAUGUCCAGAAUGGAGAUUUCCCUUUGGAUGAUGCCUUGGCGAUCUGCGAAAAGCACAAGGUGUAUAAUGCUGCUGCCUAUUUACUCCAAAAAAAUGGAGCCAUCUAGAAGGCUCUGGAUAUGUUGACAUUGCUCUUCAUC